UCGAAAUGGAUCUAAUGUAAAAAAUUGUCAGAUGACAAUUUUUGUCUGGAAUUCUCAGACAUUCAUUCAUCAUUUAUUCAUCAAAUGGUGAUAAUAAAAGUGGAUAUUCGACUUUUAUCAAAACAAUAACGAUGAGAAUAAAUUUACAACAAAGAAAAUUACGUAUCGGCACGAAUUUUAAUCCACCAUAUUCAGCUGUUAAUUUAAAUCAUCAAAUUCAUAAUGGUUUUGAAGAUGAAAUGUUUGUAACAUUGGCCAAAUAUUUUAAUUUUACAUUCAAUCUAAUUGAUUUUAAUGGCCAUUAUGGUAUUGUAAAUGAUAAUGGUGAAUGGAAUGGUUUAAUUGGCGGGAUGAUUAAUGAUUCAAUCGACCUUGCCUAUGGUGGAAUUGUAAUGACUCCUGAACGAUAUAGAAUGGUCGAUUAUCUUUAUCCACAUUGGAUUGAUCCAUUAACAUUUAUAACAAACACUGUGAAAUCUGAACAAAAAAUGAAUAAACUUUUACGACCAUUGAGCAUGCCCAUAUGGAUUACAUUGAUUAUGGUUUUUAUUUUAUUUUUUCUAUUCAAUUUUGUUCACGAUGCUAUUAUGUCUCCAAUAAUAAGAUAUCAUAAUAAUAAUAAUCGAAACAAUCGUGAAGAACAUUUAGUAUGGAUUGCAUUGCGAGAAUUUUUUCGCCAACCAUAUCAAUGGUUCAAUCGAUUAAAUUUGUCGAAAAAAAUUACCAUUAUAUGUUGGACGGUCGCUAUACUAGUAUUGACCAGUACUUACUCCGGUUGUCUUUUAUCUGAAUUAACCAUACCGGAUCGUAAUCAAAUUGAUAAUAUUUGGGAAUUAUUCAAAAUGUUUCGUUCUGGACAAAUUAUAAUGGUCGGUUCAGCUGUUUCAAUGGAUAUUUUUAAAACGAAAUUUAUCGAAAAUAAUAAUGUGAUUACAAAGAAUUUAAAUAAUAAUAUGAUCAUUACAAAAAAUCGUAAAGAAGGUUUAGAUUUUUUAUUUGAUAAAACAAAUGGCAAAUUUAAUAAACGUAAACGGAAUCACCCACAACAAAUUGGAAUGCCUAUGACGAAAAGUAGUGGUGAUUUUCUACAAUUUAUUUUAGGUAAAGAUUUAUUAUAUCUACCACCGAUUAAAAUAGAUUCAACUAUUAUAUCAAUGUUGGUUGCCAUUCCAAUCAAUCGAAAAACGUUCAAUAAUCAUCAUCAUCAUUUUUCCUAUUAUCAUGAAGAAUUUAAUCGAGUGUUAGCUCAAUUUGUUGGCUGUGGUUUAACUAAACGGUGGUCAGAUAAAUUCUGGCAUAAUGAACAAUUAAAUAAAGCAUAUCAGAUGGAAAAAUCGGGAUUGACAUCUAACAAUUAUUAUGAUGAUCAAUCAUCAACAUCAAUACAAAAAUACAAAUGCAAUUCUAAUGAGUAA